UUGAAACGCUAGCAAGCGUCCUCCAACUGACGUGAAGUUUACAAUGCUGACUGGGAAGAGUUUGCUGAUUCUUCUGUAACAUUGAGUGAAGGAGAUGUCCUCAGACGAGGGGGCAGCAACCAGUCCAGUUCUGCCUAAGGACUCAGAUCGGGGUAGCUCAGUGUCCUCCGAGCUACAGGACGAGUACGAGGAGCUUCUUCGCUUUGCUGUCGUCACGCCAAAGUUUGAAGGACCCACUUCUGCUCACAUGCAGAGCUGGCUUAGCACCUCGAGAGAAGCUGCUAGACCAUCGCAUAGAAUGGAUGACGUGAAAUCACAACGCCAAGCAGGGGUCAUACAUGACGUAGCACAUGACCGACGUUCAAGGCGGGUGGGGAAAACAACAUCCUCCGCCCAAAUGGCGGACACCCACUCACAAUCUAGUGUUUGUUAUGUGGAGGAGCUUGCAGCCCACUCCUCUGGCGGGACCUCAGCUGGGCCCUCGGACAGGUCCCGGGCGCAGGCAGGAAGGUCCAGACAGACGAGCCCCGACUCCUGGGAGUCCGGGGGGACAGAGCGGUUCAUCUCUGAGGAGAACGUCAGCAAGGUGGAGGACAUCCUGGACACCUGGAGCAGCCAUCUCAAGUCCAACGUGUUGACGGAGCUGAGGAGGUGGCGGAUGGCCCUGGUGGAGCAGCACAAGCUGGAGCUGAGGAAGGAGAGGGAGCGCUGUGGUGCGCGGUCGGCUGGCCUCAGCACGGAGCUCAGCAGCCUGAAGGAGCUGCUGCAGACCUACGAGACCUCCAACCAGAGGAAGGACGAGGUGAUCAAGAAUCUGAGCAAGGCGUUGGACAGACAGAAGGAAAAGAUGGAGGCCAUGAGGGCCUUCACCACCUGGAGGAUUCAGCACAGCCAGGUCAAAGAGGAGGCGCAUGCUUCUAAGCUGGCGCAGCAGCACUACCACCUGCAGCUGAAGAGGAAGGUGUGGCUGGGCUGGCACGGCCUCGUGCGGCGGCACUGGAAGGACCAGGUGGAGCGGGGGUGCCGCGCCCGGGCCGAGGAGGUGUGCGUGCGCCUGUCCGCCGACUACGAGGCCAGGAUAGCGGAGCACUGCGACGCCGUAGAGGACGCCCAGGCCGAGAUCCAGAAGCUGCGGGUGGAGCGCGACCGCUACGAAGAGUCCAUGAAGAAGGCCUUCAUGCGGGGCGUGUGUGCCCUCAACAUGGAGGCCCUGACCAUGUUCCAGCCCGGGGAGGGACGGCCGGAGCCCCCUGCAGCCACCGCCGCCGCCACAGCAGCAGCAGCAGCAUCAGCAGCAGCCCACCACCAUCACCUCCACCAUCACCACAAUGCCCCGCCUCCCCAAGACGAGCUCGGCUCCAGCUCAUCUGCUCAGCCGCACGACCGGCCCGCCUCCUCCGUCCGCUUCAGCCCCGUCCACCUCGACCCCCCCGCCCACCCGUCCCACGCCGCCCACCCGUCCCACUGGGAGGCCGGGCUGAUGCUGGGCUCCAGCGCCCCAGUCCCCGGACCAGAGGCGUCCACCACAGUGAUCCACAGCUCCCUGCCGCUUGGGAGCCACGCAGGCGCCCUCAGACAGCAGGCCAGCGGCGGGCGGGUGGUCACCGCGGGGGUCGGCCACCAGAAGCCCUCCAAGACGGUGACGGCCCGCAUCACGGCCCGCCAGGACUUCGGCCGGAUCGGCCCCAGCAACCUCCACGUCAUGUCCAUGACUCCGCCCAUGAGCUCUGUGAUCAUUGAGCGCCAUCAGCCGGUCUCACAGAUCAACAUCGGUCCGUCCGCGGCUGCUUCCAGGCACCCCCCCUCAGCCCUACUGGGCUACAGCCUCCCCAACGUCAGGGCCCAGAGCUCAUCCUCCAGGACCCACCCCAGCACCUGCCACGUGCACUCCGUGAAAGUGGUGGACUGACACACACACACACACACACACACACACACACACACACACACACACACACACACACACACACACACACACACACACACACACACACACACACACACACACACACACACACACACACACACACACACGCACACACACGUUGCUCUCAGGUUUUCUAUUUACAUUUACUGUACUAUGCAUAAAAAAAAACACUGCUUUACUUGACAUAGUACAGCAUCAAGCAGACGUCAGGAUAAGCUUUUUUUCUAUUAAUUUAUUGACAAGAGUUAUCCAGUGUAUUUGAAUUUAGACAUAAUUUAUACAGUAUAUAUAUCUUUUUUUAUUUACAUUUUAACAGUUCAUUUUACAUGAGUGGCAUGUUUUAAAUAAUGGUAAAGUCUAGGUUUGGCUGCUUUGGUGAGUUUUGUAGGGCUGCUCUCUUGCACACCUAAGCUUAAGUUUACAGUGCAAACCCCAAUGCAAGUCAUAUACGAAUGUAUAAAUUAUCUUUGCUUUGUUCUGUAAUAAAACAGUGUACAGGCCAAUCGAUCAAUUAAACAAAGCAUUGAAAUA